GCUUCAGUAGGGACUGCUAUUUGAAUUCCAACCAUUCCUCUGGAUCUGCAUCCAUUGGUUUCCAACGCUGUGUAACACCCGGCUUCUGUAUCCGUUCUCCUUAGUAACUGUGAGGCUUUCUUUUGUUGACUGGCUGUUACCUAUUCUGUGCACCAGCUAGUUACUUUUCACCCCCCUGGCUAGGUCCAUCGUGAUCUUGAAGUGGCGACGGGUUAAUCAGGAUCUAAGUGGCGAUGGGUUGAUCAAUGGAGCAACCUGCUUCUGCGAGAUGAUUGCUAUUGACUCUUGUCAUCCAAUGUUUAUUUUGGUCUGAAAGGUUCGUUUCUGAGCCUGCAAGUUUGCCCAACUUCCAGAGGAGUCGCUUUGUAUUUCCUGUGGAUCAACCUUGUCUCGUUGAUCAACCUCGUCAAGUUUGUCUGAUGGCAGCCAUACUGGAUUCUCUUGUUGGAUCAUGUGCAAUAAAAUUGCAAGAAAUUAUUACAGAAGAGGCAGUUCUGAUUCUAGGGGUAAAAGAAGAACUCAAAGAACUACAGCGAAAAAUGACCCAGAUACAGUGUGUUCUUAAUGAUGCUGAGGAAAGGAGUACAAAAGAAUCAGCAGUCAACAAUUGGCUUGGUGAGCUGAGAGAUGCUAUGUAUUAUGCUGAUGAUAUUAUCGACAUGGCAAGAUCUGAAGGGGGGAAGCUACUAGCAGACCGUCCUUCAUCAUCAAGAGAGUCAAUUAAAUGUGGCGGCAUUUCGUUUUUCACUUGCAUUCCUAAUGUUUUGAAGCGUCACAAGAUUGCUGUUCAAAUCAGAAAUUUUAAUGCUGAACUUGAGAAGAUAUCAAAGAUGAGUGAAUUUUUAAAGCUUCAGAAUUUGCAGCCUAAAGCAGAAGUUUCGACUGUGAAGAAAAGUAUCAACCUUGUGGAGCCUAAUCUUGUGGGAAAGGAAACUUUACAUGCUUGCAAAAGAUUGGUUGGGCUGGUUCUUGCAAACAAAGAAAAGAAGGCAUACAAGGUUGGUAUUGUUGGAACAGGAGGGAUUGGGAAGACAACUCUAGCUCAGAAGAUAUAUAAUGACCAAAAGAUAAAAGGACUCUUUAGUAACCAAGCAUGGAUUUGUGUUUCUCAGAAGUACUCUGAAGUUGCUAUUUUGAAAGAAGUUCUUCGGAAUUUUGGGGUGCAUCAAGAGCAAGGCGAAACCGUUGGAGAGCUCAGCAGCAAGCUUGCAGCCGCGGUUACAGAUAAAAGUUUCUUCCUUGUGCUAGAUGAUGUUUGGCAGCCUGAGGUGUGGACCAAUUUGCUGAGAAUUCCAUUACAUGCUGCUGCAACCGGAGUGAUUCUAGUUACCACUCGACACGAUACAGUUGCACAUGCAAUUGGGAUGGAGAACCUGCAUCGAGUUGAUCUGAUGUCAGCAGAUGUAGGAUGGGAGAUGCUUUGGAAGAGUAUGAACGUUAAUGAAGAAAAAGAUGUGGAAAAACUUCAGGACAUGGGUUAUGAUAUUGUUUGCAAAUGUGGUGGACUUCCCCUUGCAAUCAAGGUUACUGCCAGUGUUCUAGCAACUAAAGAGAAAACAGAGAAUGAGUGGAGAAAAUUUAUUGAUAGAAGUGCUUGGUCUGUUGGAAAUCUUCCUACCGAGCUCAGAGGUGCUUUGUAUUUGAGCUAUGAUGACUUACCAAGUCAUCUGAAGCAAUGCUUUCUCUAUUUAGCCUUAUAUCCAGAAGAUUGGUACAUUGAACGUAAUGAUCUUAUCAGGCUUUGGGUCGCAGAAGGUUUUAUAGAGGAGCAGCAAGGCCAACUACUAGAAGAGAUAGCAGAAGAGUACUGCUAUGAGUUGAUAUAUAGGAAUCUCUUGCAACCAGACCCUUCACGUGCUGACCAUAGUAGGUUCAAGAUGCAUGAUCUUCUAAGACAGCUUGCUCAACAUAUAUCUCGAGAAGAAAGUUUUUGCGGAGACCCACAAUCAUUGGGGGCUAAAACUUUGUCCAAACUAAGGCGUGUUUCAAUUGUCACUGAAAAGGAUUUUAUAGUGUUUCCCAAUAUGGACAAAGAGAUGAUUAGAGUAAGGACACUACUUCUUACAUUUGCUAAGAGACCAAAUGUUGGAAAUACAAUUUUCAAGAUACUUCCGUGCAUUCGAGUUUUGGAUCUGACUGGUUCGUCCAUACAAACCAUUCCAGAUUGCAUUGGAAGUUUGAUCCAUCUACGACUACUUGAUCUCGGUGGCACUCUCAUAUCUUGUCUUCCGGAGUCCAUCGUUUCCCUCAUAAAUCUUCAGAUAUUGAACUUGGAAAGGUGCAAAGCUCUUCAUAGCCUUCCUUUGGCAAUCAUUCAAUUGUGCAAUUUAAGGCGCCUUGGUCUGUAUAAUACACCCAUAAAUCAGGUUCCAAAAGGUAUAGGCAGAUUAGAAUUCCUCAACGAUUUGGAAGGAUUUCCUCUUGGUGGUGGAGGUGACAAUGAUAAAACACAAGAUGGAUGGAAGUUGGAAGAGUUGGAACAUCUCUCACAUCUAAGGCAGCUUCACAUGAUUAAAUUGGAAAGGGCUACUCCUUACAAUACAGAUUCAUUGCUGACAGAGAAAAAACAUCUCAAAGUUUUGAAUCUGUUCUGCACAGAACGUACAGAUGAACCAUAUUCAGAGGAAGAUGUUAGCAAGAUUGAGAAGAUCUUUGAGCAGCUAAUCCCUCCACAGAACCUGGAAAAUCUAUAUAUUAGCAGAUUCUUUGGCCGGAGGUAUCCCACAUGGCUUGGUACCACCCACCUAGCUUCAGUUAUGCACUUGCAACUCCUAGAUUGCAAUUCAUGUGUGCAUCUUCCACCACUCGGGCAGCUGCCCAACCUGAAAUAUCUGAAAAUUGAUGGAGCAGCAGCAGUUACCAAGAUUGGACCCGAAUUCGUGGGCUGCGGGGAGGAUAAUCGCAGAUCCACGGAUGCGGUUGUUGCUUUCCCCAAGCUCGAAACGUUGGUCUUCUGGGAUAUGCUCAACUGGGAGGAGUGGUCCUUUGUUGAAGAGGGAGAUGAAGAGGCAGCGGAAGGGGGAGAGGAUGGAUCUGCUGAGAUACAAAAGGGGGAAGCCCAGUCUCCAGGGAUGCACCUUCUGCCACGCUUGAAGGUGUUGGAGCUUCGUGGCUGCCCCAAGCUGGGAUCUCUCCCACGACAGCUAGGACAGGAGGCCACAAGCUUGGAACUGCUUGGUUUUAGAGAAAGCUCCUUGAAGGUGGUGGAGGAUUUCCCGUUCCUCUCCGAGCUGCUUGUAAUCGACGGAUGUGGCGGACUGGAGAGGGUGUCGAACCUUCCUCAGGUGGGGAGGCUGCGUGUAAAUUGUUGCCCAGGCUUGAGGCGGGUUGAGGGGUUGGGUAGUUUGCAACAGCUGUGGCUAGGCGAGGAUAUGAAAGAUCUAUCCUCGCUGUGGAUACCAGGGCUUCAACAGGAGCACAAACAACUUCAUGGUGAAGACAUGGAUGUCUACGUCUGGUAGUGAUGCUCAAUUGCAUAUGGAUUGAGAAGGCAUGAGGUAGUUAACUGCAAGGGCUUGGAAAUUGCAACCUUGUGAUUGAUCUAUGGGCGCACAAAUACUAUCAGAUUUAUCUCGUGUCAGAGAAAAGGAGGAAGGAGAAAAUCCAAAAAAAAAAUGGAAAAGAAAAAUCCAAAAAAAGAAAAGAAGAAAAUUCCAAAAAAAAUUGAAAAAAUGAAAAAGGAAAAAAUACAGUUUUAUGUAAUUUGUAAUGUUUUUAAACCUAAAUUUGUAUGGACUUGUAAUUUUUAUUUGGUAGGGUAGGUAACUCCGCCUAUAUCAUGACAAGUGUAAUACUUAUGGGUAUAGCCGGUCCCAAGCCCGGAGAAAGGAGGAGGGAGUAUCAAGCAUGUCCUAGAAGUGUACCAAGCAGCCAAGACACUGGAAUAGUUUCAGUUCAGAAGCACCUUCAGUUAUCUAGUUAUCCAUCCAAUUGCCUGAGGCUUGUGUUAUUGUUUGCUUGUUGAAACUCAUAUGCUAUUAUUCCUUUGCUCAUAAUAUUUAUAUGAAAAUAUUGUCUGUGUAUACCAGUCCUCA